AUAUCAUCUUGUAGGUCUCUAAGGUGGCCACGAGAAUGUAUUAACCCUCAAGAAUGGAAUAAAGGAGCUGGAGGGCCGCAAAGGAAUGCGAAAGUUGCAGAAAGAUUUAUUCCGUGCGGCGUUGCUCUCCCGUUCGUUCUUUCUCCUGGCCGACAUGACAUGAUAUAUAUCUACCCUCAAAGCCCGAACAGCCAGCGCCAACCUGCUUGCCUAGCAGCUGAUCACAACCCAAUCACUCGUCUUCGUAGCAGCUAGAUAUAGAAGCCAUGGGCUGCUGCGGCGGUGGCGCCAUGUCGUCGUCGUCGUCGUCGUCGAGGCCGAGGGGCGGCAUCCGGGAGGAGACGCUGCUCCGCGUCCCGGGCGCGGCGGUGCACCUCGUUGCCGGCGGCUCCGAGGGGCCCCUGGAGCUCAGCCGCGGCGACCUCUCCGUCGUGAGGAUCUUCAAGGACGACGUGGCCGUGACCACCGUGGUGCGCGUCGGCCGCGAUCUCGGCUGGCCUCUGGCGAGGGACGAGCCCGUCGUCAAGCUCGACCGCCUGCACUACCUCUUCACGCUGCCGGACAAGGACGGCGCGCUCCUCAACUACGGCGUCUCCUUCGCCGACGCCACGCUGCUGCCGUCAUUCGACGCGCUCCUCAAGUCCACCUCCUGCUUCUCCACGCCCUCCGUGCCGUCGAGGGGCUCGAGGCCGCCGCCGCCGGCGUCCGCGUCGGCGGACGGGUACUGGAACAGCUUCUCGCCGAGGGUGGAGGGCUACAACGGUGUGCUCGCCAAGGCCAUCGGCGCCGGCACCGGCCACCUCGUCAAAGGCAUCUUCAUGUGCAGCGAGGCCUACGCCAGCCAGGUUCAAAAGGGAGCCAACCUGAUGAGCCCUCAAGCGGCCGGCGGCGCGAGCAAACGCUUCGGCGGCACCGGCGGAGCUGACGGGAGCAGCCAGACAGGCCCGGUGAAGCGUGGAGGAGUCAACAAGAGCCUCAAGAGGGUGAGGAAGCUGUCGGAGAUGACGGAGAAGAUGAGCAAGACGAUGCUGGACACGGUCAUCUCGGUGACGGGGUCCAUGGCCGCGCCGCUGCUUCGUUCCAACCAAGGAAAAGCCCUCCUCGCCACCGUCCCCGGAGAGGUCGUCCUGGCCUCUCUCGACGCCAUCAAUAAAGUUAUGGACGCGGUCGAAGCUGCAGAGAGGAGGUCGCUCGCUGCAACCUCCAACGUUGUUUCUGGUGCAGUGUCCAAGAGGUAUGGAGAGAGCGCAGGGGAGGCGACCGGAGACGCGUUCGCGACGGUCGGCCACACCGUCGGGACGGCAUGGAACAUCUUCAAGAUACGCAAGGCGGUCACGCCGUCGUCCUCCCUUCCGGGGAACAUGGUUAAGAGCGCCGUCAGGAACAGAAACUGAGGCCGACUCCGCGCCACAGCACGGCCACCAUACCAACAGGUUGCCCACAACACAGUUCACCUAACAGAGACAUGUAAUGCUACUCCACACAAGUUAUGCAGUGUAAUAACGUUUCUGCUUUGGCAA